CCCGAGUUAUUCCCCAAGUGAUAUUUACAUACUGUGUUGCCAGCGAAAUUGGUUCUGGCAAUCCAUAAUCAUGGUGUUUUCCUCAACGCAAGGCCCCGUUACACAAGUUGAGCUCGGGAGCACGUAUGGAGCACUUUUCAUUGGGGCCAUUAUUGCAGCGAUUCUUUUUGGUUUAACCAACGUUCAAGCUUUCAUCUACUUUCAGACGCAUAGGGACACAGGCAGGACAUUCUUCAAGCUAGUCGUCCUCUUAUUGUGGAUACUUGAUGCUUUUCACCUGAUCUUCAUCGUUCAUUGCAUCUACUAUUAUUUAGUGACCCACUUCGCGAACAUUGGUGCACUCACAGAAAUUGUAUGGAGUUUCAAACUUCAGAUAAUAUUUGAUGUCCCCAUCAUCCAUGGGGUACAACUCCUGUAUGCCCAUCGUAUAUGGACAGUUAGCAAGGGCCGAUCAAGAGUUCUCCCGAUUACAGCGGGCAUAUUCGCGGUCCUAAGUUCAAGUUUAUCCAUCCCCCUUCUUUGGGCGCUAUUUCAGUGUCACCUGUUCUCUGACUUGAUUAGAGUCGAAUGGGCGACAUACAUGGCCUUGACCGUGAUUAGUUGUGGUGAUGUUCUUAAUGCAUCAUUACUAUGCUAUCUCCUCGCUACCUCACGUACAGGGUUCUUUAUCACCGAUUCUUCUAUACAAAAACUCAUCGGUUUAAUAAUCGAAACUGGCUGUCUUACGAGUGUAUGUUCGAUGACAGCCAUCAUUACAUGCGCAGUGAUGCCGAAGAACUACAUCUUUCUCAGUUUUGAAUGUUUAUUGGCUAAAUUAUAUGUCAACUCGUUCAUCGCACUCCUGAACUCGCGAUACUACCUGCAGGCCAAAAGAGAUAGCACCAUUUCUUUCAAUUCCAAUGUCAGACACAGCGUCUACCUCUCGGAGCGGUACUUUCCAUCGUCACAAGACGAGAGACUCAAAGGAGAACAUUUUGAUCAUGCAGACAAUGAAGUGACAGUGCAUCCCGCUCGACCUGUCCAAACUGGUAGUUGUGUUAGUGUCGAUGAAACAGAAGCCACAGCGUCUACUUGCGGUGAUAGUAGAAAGAUAUCAUAUCUUGAAUUGGUAUGAUGGGAUAGAUGGAUCGUGACCCGCUUAUUGUUACCUAUCUAUGUAUUGCUGUUCCGAGAACACGUCGAGCCAAAUCAGCGUGAGCAGCUACUAUAUGUCUCAGGUUGUAGAUGACUUGAAUCAGCCCAUCAAUACAACAAAGGACCAGUACUACAGUAGUGCCAGGAAGACGAGAUUUGAUGGUCGCGGAACUACAAUGUUGAACUUGAGGCUUGAGGCCCUGACCAAGUUGGACUCGCUAUCUAUGUAGUGGUCUCAUCCGAACACACUUGGAAUGCCA